AUGUCACAUCUGGGAUCAGUGAAGAUAGUGCUGCUGGGUAGAGACCUGGCAGAAGAAGGAGGGAUGGCAAGGGUCCAAAAAAACAGUCCUACUUGCUGUCGCAUAUUUGAGCUCAAAGACACUACAGUCAUAUGCACCCCAGAGAUUGACCACUUCAGAGACACAGCGAUAUUAGACCUUCUGGCCCUCAUACACCCUGGCCUUCCAUCUGAGACUGACAUCUAUCUGAUAGUAAAGAAGAGUGCAGAGGUGGAAAAGUGGGAGAAAAUCUUUGGAAAAUCCCUUUGUGAAAAUAUUAAAAUCAUUGACAAAAAGAAAAGACAGUUUGAAGAAAACCCACUGCAAUUUGUUAGAGAUAAAGAACCAAAAUGUUUUCAACAGAUAGAGGAAGGGAUACUUUCCAAAUGGAAGGAAUCAAUGACCUCAGAAAACUCAGGAGGAAACCGAAAGCUGAACCUUGUGCUGCUGGGGCUGUCUGGUUCUGGGAAGAGUACCAGUGGGAAUAGCAUUGUGGGAAAAGACGUGUUCCAAUCUAAACCUGGCUCCAAAGCUACCACGAUGCACUGUGAAGAACGCACAACGAUCAUCUGUGGGAAAGAGAUUACCGUCAUCGACACUCCAGACUUCUUUGACGAAGAUCUUCAGCAGCAAGAAAGACAUGUGGAAAAGUGUAGACAGAAGUGUGAGGGUGUGUGUGUGUACCUGCUGGUCAUCCAAAUUGGCCGCUUCACUGAGGGAGAGAGAGACAUCUUAGAGAGGCUGGAGACAAUACUGACGACUAGAAUCAGGGACAGAGCCAUCAUCCUCUUCACAUAUGGGGAUGAUCUGUCAAAAACCAUCGAAGAAUAUGUAGUGAAAACUAACAAACACCUCAAGAAGCUCAUUACGCAUUGUGGUAACAGAGUGACUUUCGAGAUGAGGGUGACCAUAUCACUGCUGGUGCUCUUCUUCGUGUGUGAAGCUCAGACUCAGAACACCCAGGUUGGAGUCCAGACAGAGAGCCAGAACACCGGACCUGAAGCUCCUACCCAUCACCAUCAGGAUGUCUCUUCUGACCUCAAGGAACUCAGAGACAUGGUAGUAGAGUUGAGGGUGACAGUAAGACAUAAUCAAGAUGAGCUAAAGGUAUUGGAUGCUGACAACAAUGCCAUGAAAGAAAGGCUGGUGGCCAGUGAGACUAAUGUGAAGGCUCUGGAGAGGGUGCUGACCAUCAGCCAGAAGGCACUGCAGGAUUCCAAAGCAGAAAUGAAAACAGAGGUCGAGAAAUUGAAGAAGGAAAAUGCAGCACAAGAGGCAGAGCUGAAAGCAAUGAAGUCCACACUGGUAGACAUUGAAGCUGAGGUCAAGGGCCUGAAGAUGGGGGAUUCACUAGUUUGA